AUGGGCUUAAUGCUUGGCGUUUAUUUCUCCAGCUUCGCGUUUUGCGCGCUGCUCUUCGGUUUGAUCGUCGGACUCAGCCUUUCCGAUCCGGACCCCGAGAAGGGACCCUGCACUCCUUCGGCUAGUAGUACCACUACCAGCGCGGCGGCAAGUCCAAGCCCCUCGCCGGGUACGUCGAGCACCUCCCCGGCCCCGGCGCCAGUAUCACCGACGCCGGCUGCUGCUACAUCGGGGUCCGUGUCCUCAACAAGUCCGACUCCGACGCCGACGCCAGCUGCAUCUUCACCGACGCCGACGCCAGCUCCUGCGCCCACCCCUGCUGCGGCCCCGACGCCGGCCGUCGGGGUGGCCGGCUCCGGAGCGAUUCUCUUCACCAACGAAGCGGGAGAUUCCAAUAUGACAAAGAAAAAUGCCCCCUCCCCAUAUCGAAAAGUAAAACGAAUUUUGUGAUGCUGCAUUUGAGUACACAAAUCGGCCUGUAUUGCUAGAAGGCCAAGAGACGCAGUUGCGGCCUGAGUUGCAGGCAAUUUGUCAUGCUGUUUCCCACUUCCAGCUGCCUCCUGUCAUGCUGAAGAUGCAAGGCCUUACCACGCCAGCCAGCACUACAGUCCGCAUCUUUUGCCUCAUAGAAUGACAAAGCUGAUUUGUGACCACAAAUCUGCAUCACAGAUUUCCGUUUUGAUAUGGGCAGGGGGGAUUUUUCUUGUUCAUAUCCAACACGCGGCGGCAGCAAUUCUUCAAGGACUACACCACGCUGGAAACCGUGAUAUGCAUUGCAAAAGCAUCGUACUAGUAUAAAUCGCAUGACAAAUUUUAUCAGGAAGAAAGUUGGAAUUUGUAAUGCAGAUUUGGGUAGGAAACCAGAUUUGUUAUGCAUACCUGCAAUUCAUACGAGUGCGAUACUUUUGCAGUGGAUACGUGACUUUCGACGGCAAAUCGAUCCAGGCGCGCGCCGUCCACAGUUCCGGAGGUGUGGCCGAUUGGGUGGUCAGCGAGGGCCAGGGCUAUGGGGUGUGGAUGGGCGCCGCCACCGUUGCGGGCUUUCGGGUGGCCAACAACUAUAUGGAUUGUAAAAAUGUCUGAGUCUCCUGGAAGUUUCUGAGACUUGUCAUGCAUGUUUUGCAUGACCCAGGAUGUCUGUAAUGCACGACCGCGCGUCACAGGUCUUGAGAGGGCUUCCUGAUGCCUACUCCGCAUGACAAACGCCCUCCCCGCGUAGCACAAACUAGACUCCUCUUGCUGGUCAUGCGACACAGAUUUUUCUAGAGUCCAAAGUUAGCAUCACAAGUUCCAAUCUUCCACCAGACCCAGACAUUUUUACUCUUGAUAAACUACCGCAAAGCCACGGGGAACGCCGCUUACAACACGGCGGUGCAGGAAACCUACGAAGCCUACCUGGGGUGGCGGCAAAUGUGCUACCUCUUAUGCAUUGCAAAAGAAGUACUUAUCGUACUCCUAGUAUUUUUGCAAUACAAAUUAGCUCAGCAUGACAUCGAAUGGAAUUUCUCAUGCUAAUUUAGCUUGAAAAAGAAAUUUGUCUUGCAUGACUGCGACGAGUACGAGUGCGAUAGUCUUGCACAUGAUACUUCUCCCGGGACAACGACAUGAUCGACCGGUUCUACUGCGGGGCCAACUGCCCCCACGCGGGCGAGCCCCGGACGUCGGCCCCCAACUGUUAUCCCUGUCUGCCCCACUGGAAAACUACGGACAAUCUGCAGAGCGUGGUGGGCAAGGGUUCUGCCAGUGACGGGGAUCUGGAUGGCAUCGUGGGCAUGAUUCUUCUCGUCAUUUCGACGGCCCCGGACCGCGACGAGUACACGGGGACAGGCUCCGAUCCGCAGAACACCUGGAAUUGGCAGGAGCUCGCGCUGCUCACCUACCAGUCCUGCAAGUCCAACUUGAUGCACAAUUUCGUGACGGGCACCGGGGUCAACUCCGACUUUCUCAUGCUGAAACUGGGCACCAACUGGGGCGGGUUCGACCCGGAGUGCAACAAUCCGUCCUACCACGGGCCGGGCGCUUACCGGGCGAUGCGCGACUACAUGUUGGCCUUCGAAACGAUCGUCGGGGCCCCGGCCGGGGAGGCCCAGGGCCUGGUGGCCCAAUGGAACAUGGCGGUCGCGGGCACUUACGGCAUGCUGAAGGACAACCAGUGCGCCGACAACGGAAUGACCACUAACUGGUUCAAGGUUUCGGCAACGACCAAAGUCGGGACCGGCGGCGGCGACACGUCCUGCAGUGGGUCCGGGACGGACGUUAUCGCGGGUGCAAUCCACUGACUCAACAUCGCCGGAAAUUGUAUCGACAAGGUCGAUGUAGUACAAAGUCAAUUCUUCCUCGACUCGUUCCUGUUCAAUUGUAUCGCAUAUUUUUCUAGAUGAAUUGCUGCCUUGUUUAAUAUUUUCUUCACGACGUCGUGAAGGUGAAAAGCGGCCAAGCGCCUAAUGAAGUAUAGUAUUCCACCGCGUUCUUGUGUUGAAGAUCCACAUCCCUGUAGUAGUUGUUGCGAACAAAGUAUGAUGUUGAGUUUUGUGAUAUUUAAAGUGCAUAUCCACCACGGAGUACGGCUCUGAGGCGGCCCGUGGUGUGUGGCGUGUUGCGACCGAUCUUGUGUGGUACGGCGACAAGACGAUUCCAGAGGGCUCGCAGCCCGAAGGGUUCGUGCGCGACACCACCGUCGACAGCUACAUGGCUUCGUACGCUCCGUUCGGACCCGCGAGCUAUCUGGACAAAAUGAACGCGCAACUCGACAAAGCCUACGUGGGCGGUUCGUGUGGCGGGGCCUGCUGGAAGGAUGAUCUCGCAGUCAGUAUUGAAAUACUUGAAAUAAACGUAUAAACCAAACUCCUGUGGUCUUCAAAACAAAAUUUUGGUUUCUUUCUCCAUCACUUCUUCGGCAGCUACACUACUAGCAGCUGCAGUUGUGUUGUAUCAUGAAGGAUAUUGUCCCAUGACAUAAUUCAACGAAGAGUACUAGUAGAGCUACAUCAUGAUCAACAUCAAUAAAAAAAACUUCUACAACAGCGUCGUGGGCGGGCACCUGCCCUGUGAAGAAGAUUCACAGCUCGUGGCAAUGGAACUGGUUCAUGUUUUGUCCCACCAUGACCUCGUUGGUUUACGACAGCCCGAUAUCCCCUUGAAAAACGACGGCGCAAUUAUCAUCCAAUCUUCUCCGCAGCCAGGCUUCUAAAACUUCUGUCAUGCAUGCUCCAUGCUGCGCUAGUUGUGAACUUAAGCAGUAGAAGAGAACAAUUUUCAGACGAGUUUGAGGUUUGUUCUUUUACGUCGUCUCCUGCGGAUGUUGCCGCCGCGACUCGCAACUACAAUGAAACUUCGGAAUGAUUUCGCUUCCAUUUUUUGCGUCAAAACGCAGGAGCCAGCAGUAGAUCGUAUUUUACAUGAUCUUGGCGCCAUGGGAAAGAAUUUUUGGAUGGCGUCGCUUUUGCAAAUUUUGAUAUCCAACGCCAACUUCCCACACCAAGAAGGAGCUCUUGGACGCCGCCGGGAAGACCAUCGGGACGAAGCAGAUGGCGAGCUACUAUGCCGCUGCCUGGUUGGCGAUCGGGACCAUUUCGAUCAACGGG